AUGUCUUCCCGUAGCACAUGCCUGAGAAAUCUGAAUGCAGAUCCAGGGGCUGAUUUGGAUUACUUACAAGUGCUUCAAAGCCCUAUAAUCACUUCAGGAACUAUACCAUAUGGCUGGCGACCAAAACUAAGCAAGGCUAUCAGCCUCCCACAGAUAUCCCUUGAUACUAAAAUCCACCCGCUUUUCCAGAGGCCCAGAUGGCCAGAACUCAAACCAGAAGACUACACCCUACUACUUCCUGCCCUCCGAAUCGCCACAAAAUUCAUGACCGAGCCCGUAAUUCUAAAAUGGUGGAAGCACACUCUAUUCGGCCGAGUAGAACUCGACAGAAACCGCAGACGAUACUUAGCAAACACACCCUACGAAACCAGCGAUUAUGCAGACAGCGAACUGCACGUCUUCCUCACGAAAAAACUGCCUCAUGUACUUGAACUCAAAUUCGAAAACCUCGACAAGAACAUGACACGGAUAGAUGGCUGCGCAUUCAGCAGCAACUCAGCAUACAUAAAAUUCCGCCACGACCUCGCAAUGGCGCCUGCAUACCCCUUCUUCGACACUCCACGCAUCAUACUACACACCCAAUACUGGCUCGGUCUCAAGUACCUCUUGAGCCACAGCGGCUCGGCCCACGAACUCAAAAACUUCUAUCUGCGAAUUGCCAUCACACUAUGUCACGAACUCGCGCACAUCGUAUGGCACUACCGUAUUAGUAGGCAAGUCAUGCCUUGGGCCCCUGCGAUUGACUUCACCGAGCCCCUGCACCAAGCCUCUGAGCAUCUCGCCGAACUAGGCCAUUCCUGGGAACUCUACGUCUUCGGCGGCAGCAUCUGGACCUUGGAUCGCCCGGGCUUCUUCACAACGCUCUACAAACCACACCAUCUCGGCGCUGCAGCGUCGUCGUUUUCGAGAGUAUGCAUUGUGGUGCCGCACUGGUGGGUUGAUAUGUGGUCGUCGACUCGAGUGUGGAGUCAGUUUGACGACUUGUACCGGCGGGGCGAGUUGCGAUUGCCUGGUAUGUGGGAGAGCAGGUAUGCUUUGUGUCAGAGUAACAUUGGCAAUGGGGAAUCGGGUUGGACGCUGUAUAAGCGGAGUGUAGCUUUGUUGGGCGAGUGCCGGACGCCGGAGUCGAGUAUCUUUUAUCUUUGGCAUGCGGUUAGGCCGAUGCUGCAGAUUAUGCUUGCAAAUCAGCAGAAGAUGGGCGGUUCGGGGGCGGUGCAGAGGCUUCGUGGAGAGUUUUAUGAAUUGCUUGUGCAGUCUGAGUAUGUUGAUGAGGCUAGCCCGGAGAUUCUUCGUCGGAAGGGGAGAUGA